GUAUAUAUACGGCGAACGCUAGAAAUUGUGAGAUUAAAAGACUGACAAAUAUGAUCUUGUAUUUGGUGUUCCUUGUUAUCUUCGCGUUCUUGUUCAUCAAGUUCCUCACUGCUGAUGGGGAUUUCACAUUAUUAUCAAAAGGGAAUGUGAAACGCGAAGAAAUUGAAGAUAAGGUUAUUUGGAUUACUGGAGCUAGUCGUGGAAUAGGGGAAAUUCUUGCCAAACAACUUGCAAGUUUAGGAGCAAAACUCAUUAUAUCUGCUCGAAAUGAAGCUGAGCUACAGCAUGUCAAGCAACAACUUACAGGAAAAUAUGCACCAAGAGAUGUCAUGGUUUUACCAUUGGACUUGACAUCUGGGGAGGAAAGUCUGAGAUUGGCUGUAGAGAAAGCUGAAUCAUUUUUUGAUGCAGCUGGAGUGGAUUAUAUGAUUCACAAUGCAGCCUAUGAGCGUCCAAAAUCUACAGCACUGGAUGUGACAGAAGAAACACUCAAGGCAAUGUUAAAUGUGAAUGUCGUGGGCCCCAUAUCGAUGACGCGGAUGCUUGUGCCUUACAUGCUGAAGCGGGGAAGAGGACAUCUUGUUGUGAUGAGCAGUGCAGCUGGAAAGACUCCUGCACCAGGUCAGGCGGUAUACUCGGCGUCUAAAUUUGCAGUAAAUGGGUAUUUCCACUCCUUGCGUUCUGAGCUCUGUCGUAAAGGAAUCAAGGUUACUGUAGUUUGCCCAGGUCCUGUAGAAACUCCCAAUCCAAGAACUGGUUCAACCGAGCGGCGUGUUUCAUCAGAAAGGUGUGCGGAGCUGAUAAUUGUUGCUGUCAGCCAUGGUAUCAAGGAAGCUUGGAUAUCUUACCAGCCUGUACUUGCUGUUAUGUACUUGAUGCAGUAUAUGCCAUCGGUUGGCUAUUGGCUUAUGGACAAGAUUGGUGAAAAACGUGUGGAAGUUGGUGCACAGAAAGGCAACACAUACUCCAUCAAUUUGCUCUUUGACAAAAAGAAGGAAAGCUAAAAGAUUUUUGCAGUGGGAAGGUGAAGGAAGUUGGUAAGGAAGAAGGAGGAUGUACCUACUAAUGCAACACUUAACAAAUAAGAAUUUACAUAGUGAAGGGGAGGCUACAUUUGUUGUCAACAACGCAAAAGACAUAGACAUGGAAUUGUGGCAUAGAAGGUUGGGGCAUGUGUCUUCAUCAGUCCUUGCAAGGAUGUUUGCUAUGAAUAAAGGAAGUUUAUGUACAUUGACUAAAUGUCCAGUGUGUCCUCUUGCUAAGCAAACAAGAUUAAUUUUUCCUGUUUGCAAUAUUAAGACUAUAACUUGUUUUGAUAUGAUACAUCUGGAUCUGUGGGGUCCUUAUAAUACCCCUACUAUUGAUGGUAACAAGUAUUUUCUCACUA